GAGCAAAUUUUCCGAUAUUUUUUUCUAGACAAUCAGUUCUAGUCUGAGACUCGUUGAGCGAGUUUCUUCAUUAUAAAGAAAUACAAUUAAGUUGAAAUAAAACGAAAAUAAAACUUAACAAAUUGAAAUUAAAAGUGUUCUUUUGCACAACAGUAAAUUCCCAAACACCAACAAAAAAAGCUAAAACGUCAGCUCUUCAUACUCGUGCAAUACAAAUUAAAGAAACAACUUUAUUGUUUUCACUCUCUUUCUCUCAUUCGCAUAACAACGGUGGGUGAAUGUCUAUUAUUUGGAAUACCAUUAUACGACAGGUAGAACUGUAAAUAGUGAUAAUGGGCAGUCUAAAUGGUGACGUAAUGGUAAUGCGCAAUGGGCGCUCAACCAGUCAAGUAUCGGUGUAUAAUUAUCCAGAACAUUUAAAUCCCUUCUACGAAGAUGAUCAACAUAAACGCUUGCGAUUUUGGAAGAUAAGCAAAAAAGAUAAUGAGGGACGAAGGAAUAGUUUUUCCAUUGGAAAUCUUAAGGAUAUGUGGGCUUUCAAAUCAUUUCGCAUGAAAAAGAAAUCUUCCACACUGGGUAUUAAUAAAACAUCAGAAAGUCCGCCAACAAUGAGACGAGAUUAUGUUGUAGAUAAUGGCGGCUGGAAUACCUUCGAUCAUCGUUUACGUAGCAGCAACACAUCUUCCAUAAAUGGUGACAGUUUUCAACGUAAUGCAACCUACAGAAGUUCAUUGCAAACGUUGCCAACCAGUAAUGAUCGUAUUGGCUUAAAUCGUAAUGAUGGAUAUCGCAGCACAAUACAAGUUACUCGUUCAAAUCCCCGCUAUCAGGCCCAACAAAAGCAGCUGCAGCAGCAACAACAAACUACGGGAGUAUCACAAAACCGAAGGUAUGUUUAUGGUGGGUCAGUAACACCACAACCAUUGCGUAAUACUCGUACAAAUGUUGGUAGAGGCCCAUACGAAUACGAUUGCGAUAAUGCCAUGAUCAGGCGAUCAUCACAGUCCAGUAUGGUGAGCACAAAUCCAUUCGAAUCCGAUGAUGAUGAAAAUGAAGACAUCAAUUCGAGUGGCAUGAAAAGUGUUAAUGGUGGUUCUACCACAACUCUAACAUCUCGAACCGCUCGCAAAAAGCGUCGAGCCCCAGCGCCACCAACACCAAUUCACGGUCGCAGCAACGGUGUAAAUCCUCCAACUAUUCGUAUAGAAUCUAGUUACGAUAAUACCCAAGAAGAGCUGCGUAUUAAAGAGGAUAUAGAUAUUGCUAAUUUAACAGCAGAAAUAGAAAGUUUUGUGAAAACUAAGAGCAAUGAUGAUGUUGAAAUCACGCGGAAGGAUGAUGUUCAAACAGAAACAACGACAACCUCAUCGAAUACUUCAUCAAAUAAUAUGGAAAAAAUCGAAGUAAAACAAGUGGAAGAAAAACUAAUAAAAGAAACAACACCAGCAUCCAAAAAUACUUCCCCCACCACCACCUCCUCAGUAGUCGCUGAAACUGCGUCGAAAGAGAAAACAAUACCGUCAGCUAAAACAAAUGGUCAAGUUACAACUGAAAUUGUAACUGUAACAACAACCACUAAAACAAAAACAACUGAUGUCACUAAACCCUUGGAGAAGGAAAGCCAUGUGGCUCAUGUUUCAACUGAAAUCGUAACAAAAACUGAUGAAAGUAAAGAAAUCAAAUCCAAUGGAGCGAUACCAAAGAAACCAACCAACAAUUCGGUGGUCAGUACGUCAGUUGAUCAGCAGCCACAAUCUACUAAUACUGUGGCAGAUUUGUGUAUAAAAGAAAUAAAUACACAAGAGUUGCCACAAAAACCCAUACCACUUAAACGUCAAACGAAACCUGAAGCUGAGGUGGAAGUUGGUCAUGUUGAGUGCAUUCACGUCCACGUGGAAAGUCCAAGAGCAACACCGCGCAAAGAACAUCCUAGUGGCGUUUCAAGUUUCAAAACAAACGAACAUGUUGAAACCACUGAAACUAUUACCACUAAAACUCCAUUUGUACUAACCAGCCCUCCAACCCAAAGAAGAAACCCCCAGCCAACACAGAGUGAGCCGGUCAUCAAGGAAACGGUCAAACUUGUAGGAAAGACCCUUGGAAACGAACGACACAGCGAAUUAACUAUUAAUGAGGAACGUAUCAAUACUAAACCGGAAAUUUUGGUCAAGCCCACAUUGUCCCCCAAACCAGUCACAAAAGAAGCAAAUGGAAAGAUACAUGGUUUUGCCGAGAUUCACAAACCCAUGAGAAAGUUUACAAAUACCCAAAAUGGUCAUGUACGAAGAGCAUCUCGUGAUGAAAGCAUAUCACCACCCAUUCUGCCUCUACAAAACUCUAAAGAAGAGGAAAAUAAAAUAAACAAUUCAGUUCCUUCUACUACCAACAAUACUAAUGGUGUGAAACUGGAAGAAGUCAAAAUACCAGAAGCUAAACCAGUUGAUACUCUGAAAAUCGUAGAAACUACAACUUCCAUUAACAGUAAUGGUGUUAGCAAAUCCAUAGAAAGAGAGGAAACAAAAGAUGUUAAAAAAGUAAAUUUUGAAAGCUCAGUUACCCUCGAAAACCAUAAUGAGGUACAAAGACAGGAGGAUGAAUUCGACUUGUUGUAUAGACCCAAACCCGCCAGUCAUAUGGAAUGGAAACGUUCUACCUUGGCUCCGUUGGAGACCAACAUACCGCCAGAAAAACGAAAGUCAGUCAAAGAUAUUAUAGAGUCCAUUAAUCGUAGUCAGCGUUUACUCAAUGCGGCAGCUAACAAAGAUUUUACAGCUUUACAAACUCAAACAACCACCAACACCACUAGUUCUGAGACAGUAUCAACACAUCAGACUUCCGAAACACAUAGCAGCAGUAAUUUAAGUGAAAAUCUUAAAAUCUUAGAUGAGAGACAAAAAGAAAUUGAACGUUUGGUUGAAGAGAUGACACCAACUACUUCUAACGCUACAACUGAAGCAGAGGAUACAGCAGGAGCAGCCAAUUCUCCUUCGCCAGCGCCAUCGAACUGCAACAACGAAUAUACAGAAGCUCAAAAACUAGAUAAUAAUGAUAUAUUUCAGAAGUGUAAGGUCAAAAAGGAGGUGUACGACUAUCGGGAAACAUCGCCAAUAUCGUCCAAUUUAGAUUGGAAUCCAGUGCCAAAACCAAAACGUACCAAGCCCGGCCAUGAAUAAUAGCUCAAAGCUAAACGAAAUUAAGUAUUGUCCUUUAAUAUAGCAAGCAAUACAUAAAUAUAAGUGUUAUUUACCAAAUACAAACAUCUAUAAGAUCACAUCAUGUAUAACUAUUUCAAUUAUGAAAAUCUAUUUUUAAUAUUUUUAUUAAAAAUCGUUUUUAUUAACGGGGUUUGAUUGCAAUACUACAUUAAUUAAUAGUGAUUAUAUUCUAAAUUAUACCUUUUAAUAAUCCUUAUAUAAAACAAAAUACAUACACUAGGCGUCAUAAGUCUACGCUCUAUGCUCAUUACAAGCUGUUAGGACGAAAUAGCUUUUUGAAAAUCAUAGAAAACUGCAAAAUAUUUUAUUUUUAUAGUUGCUUAAAGGGUAGUAGAUCAUGUCCAUACUAUUUUUUUCAUGUACGUAUAAUCUACCAUGUAUAACGGUAUAUUUUAAAAAAAAGCACGUGUUUAUAAAGAAUCAAAAGUGUACGCUCAUGAGUUUAAAUCAGUAUAUUUUUGAGAAGUGUCUGGUCAUUGAUCAUAAUUUAUGUGGUGUUCAUAUUUGUUAACAUUAAAAAAUUUAAGAAAUUAAAGUUAUUAUUUUUUUUUUUUAAAUUUUAAACCAUGGAUGGAAAAAGAAGAGAAAUUAAGGUUGAGGAAAGAAAAAUAAUUUUGAAGCUUUGGAAAGAUGGACAAAAUUAUAGGCAAAUAGGAAAAACUAUUGGAAGAUCAUGGACAUCCGUGCGAACAGUAAUUACAAAUUUUGAAAAAACUGGAAUAAUAACUUCUAAGCCAAGAUCUGGCCGUCCACGCAAGUUAACAGAUAGAGAGUGCCGAAGUGUAGUUUCUCUUGUAACAAAAAAUCCGAGGACAACAGCAGCCCAAAUAAGGGAAGACAUCCACCAAAAGUUUAAAAAGACUAUUAGUGUAACCACUGCCAGAAGAAUUUUAAGAAAAGCCGGUUACCAUGGUCGUGUCGCCCGAAAAAAACCUUUCAUCUCCUUAGUAAAUAGAAGAAAACGUAUUGAAUUUGCCAAUAAAUAUGUGAAUAUGUCACCAGAAUUUUGGAAAAAGGUAAUCUUUUCAGAUGAAAGCAAAUUUUGCAUAUUUGGUAUAAAGGGAAGACAGAUGGUGUGGAGAAAAACAGGAACUGCAUUAAAUAAAGAAAAUUUGCUGCCAACAGUAAAGCAUGGCGGCGGAGCCGUAAUGAUGUGGGGGUGUAUGGCAGCCGGUGGAGUAGGUAAUUUUGAAUUUAUAGAUUCAACAAUGGACAGAUUUGCCUACUUGGACAUUCUUAAACGAAAUUUAAAGCAAAGUGCCGAAAAACUGGGGUUGUCUGCUGAUUACUACUUCCAACAAGACAACGAUCCGAAGCAUACGGCUGAGAUUGUUAGACUUUGGCUUCUAUAUAAUGUACCGAAGAUGCUGCAUACACCUCCCCAAUCACCGGACAUAAACCCAAUAGAGCACUUAUGGGCACUACUGGAGCGAAAAAUUCGACAGCGGACUAUUACUGGCAAAUCAAUGCUGAAAGAUGUUAUUAAGGAAGAGUGGGAGAAUAUUUCGUCCACGGAGACCACCCACUUGGUUAACUCGAUGCAAAGAAGACUCAGGGAGGUUCUCAAAUGUCGUGGUUAUCCAACGCGAUACUAAUUUGUUAUUUAUUUUUGUUGUUUUGUAUGUUUUAAUUUGAUGUGUUAUCAAUAAGCGUAGACUUUUGGCUUUUAUGUUUUAUAAAUAUGAAGAUUUUUUUGUUGUUUUUGUGAAUACUAUAAUUAAAUUUAGAAAAAAAUGAUUUGUUAUAUUGAAGUGCUUGAAGCAAACUGUUUAAUUUAAUAAAAAAAAUAUGACUUAACAUAAAGUUUUGCUGUUUGUUACAAAUUAAACAUAUAAAACACUUCAUGAGCGUAGAUUUUUGACGCCUAGUGUAUAUAAAAAAAUAUAUCUUUUCAAUGUCCUUAUUUAGUGUGAUCAUUAUAAACAAUUUUAAUAAUGUACUAUACAUAUUUAUAAAUUAUUUUUAUGUAAAAAUUUAAAAAAAAAUCUUAUUAUAUAAUAUCGUAUACAAAAGAAACAAGUUUUAAAUUUUACCAGCUACAAAUGUACUUCACAAAUUGUUAUUUUGUUAUCCUUUGGAUGUAUUCUCGGUUAGAUUGAUUUAAUUAAGAAAUGAGAGUAGAGAGUGCAUUUGAAGUAAAUCUUAUACAAUAAAUAAUAUAAAUGGAUAAAAGAAAACUAA